CAGCAUGGCUUUGGAGUAGGUUGAGGUAGCUAACAAGCAUUUUUUCCUCAACGGUUAAGAGAAUUAUUCGAACAAAACCACUUCGUCAGUGCAACUACUGGGUAAACUUACCCCACGGAAACAUUUUUGUGAAACAGUGUUCACCGCGUUUCUGUUUACGUUACCUACCUGGUGACCAAGUGACGGAGUUAUACGGUCCAGCGUGGCUGAGGACGCUUAAGUUACUUUACUUACGUUCACCAAAUAAUACGCAAUAUUUCACCGAAAGUGGCCAUAAUGUCAAAGGUGACGUCUAAGACGGAAGAUUCGCCUGCUAAAACAAAACGACCCAAAUCUUCAGAGGAAAAAUACUUGAGGAAAAUGAAAAAGAAACAGUGGAUGACAGAGAAGUUCUUAAAGAUAAAGCCACCACCCAAGAUCCAUGAAAAACCCAAAGCUCAGCAACCCAAACCUCCAACAGAUGGCCUGCAGUUCUCUGCUAACUGGAAGAUGUUACAAGAGAUUAUAAAGGCCAGUCAACCGGAGAAGAAGCAGCCUGUGACACCAAAACCUCAGAAUGGUGUUCUGCCAAACCAGGGGGCUAAAGCAAAGUCUACUAAAAGUAUUCCCAAGAACAAUGUCUGUCCCAAGCAGAAGGACGCUGAGACAAAAGUGAAGCAUAAACUGGUUCCCAAAAGUGUUGCCCCCAAGGAUCGGGUGAAGUCAAAGGUUCCAGCUGUAACAGAGACAAAACAGUCCGCUGCUCCAAAAAGGAAAAUAGCCAGUGGACAGUUAAACGGCGAGCAAGCGGCCAAGAAAAAAAAGCCUGUGGUUGAAGAGAAGAAACCCACAGUAGAGGACAUUUGGUUUGAUGAUGUGGACCCUGACGACAUUGAGGCAACAGUGGGAGCAGAGGCAGCAGAGAUCAUGAGGAGAAAGCAGGGCACCCAGCAGCACAAGGACACAGAGAGCGCCCUGGUCAAGGAGAGAGCCUUUGAGGGCCUCACCAGAGCCGUGGCCAUUGAUUGCGAGAUGGUGGGAGUCGGUCCUGACGGAGAGGAGAGCAUCUUGGCUCGUGUGUCCCUCGUGAACCGCUUUGGGAAAUGCAUCUAUGACAAAUAUGUGAAACCCACAGAAAAGGUAACAGACUACAGGACAGCUUUCAGUGGAAUCCGACCAGAGGACAUUAAAGACGGAGAGAAUUUACAGGUUGUGCAGAAGGAGGUUGCAGAGAUCCUGCAAGGCAGAAUAGUGGUUGGACAUGCCAUACACAAUGACCUAAAGAUUUUACUUUUGGAUCAUCCAAAAAAGAAAAUCCGGGACACCCAGAAGUACAAACCUUUUAGGAAGGCUGUUAAGAGUGGCCGACCUGCUCUGAAAGUCCUCUGUAGAGAGAUACUCAACGUUAAGGUCCAACAGGGUGAACAUUCAUCCGUCCAAGAUGCUCAGGCCACCAUGAGGCUCUACACAAUGGUGAAAAAACACUGGGAAGCAGAGAUUAAAGCCAGUCAUAACAACAAAGACUCAGCCAAGACGAGUGCAAGGAAGCCAAAGUCUCCCAAGAACAUGGGCAGGAAUCUCAUGGGAUUAUCAAUUCAAAACCAAUAGAGAAGAGGACAGAUCAUAUCUGGAUCAGAGCAGACCUGACUGAAACAAUGAGAGGUUUGGAGAGAGUUCCAUAAAAAUGUGUUUUAACAGGUGGGUUUCUCAGACCGGUCGUUCCAGGAUUUGAAAGACCUGCACAAAGCCUUGGACUUGCACAGGGAUUCAAACAGCCAAGAGAUCAUGGAGCUUUCAUUUACUUUACUUUUCUUUAUUACGACAUCAUUUCCCAACAUGUAAUUUACAGCCGUCAGAGGCAGAUGUUUAAAUCAUCCAAUAUCUCCUCCUCACCGCUCAUGAGAACCGCUCAAUCAUUUCUCCACUAGCACACAAUCCGUUAUUUUUGCAUAAUGGUUCCAUUGUCAUAUAUAUUGUGUGUUUAGAGCUUUGUUCUCUUGGCUUGUAGUAAUGUGAUUCCUGGUUGCCUUAUAUGUUUUAAAAAGUAUGAAUAAAUGAGAGAAAGUCUUUCUAUAUAGCUAUAUUGGAAUUAUUGUUUUUUAAAACCCCUAACCAGUGAUGCUGUUUUUGUCAAUGACAGAAGUGAACCCAUCUGAAUCCAGUCUUGUCUUAAAUUGAUCUCUCAAAGAAGUUGACGGUUAAAUAUCCCAAAUGUGCUCCUUGGAUUUUUAGAUUCUCAUUUUCAUAAUCUGCUGCUUCCUCAUGACCUAAUGACCAUUCUAAAGAUGUUUAGAAAUAUGGUGACAAUUGUGUCUUGAAUCUCGUUGACAUUUUGCUCAUAGAGAUUAACCGCAUAGUUAGACAGAUUAUUUUACUGCCUAAUUGACAGCCAGAGUUUGUCCAACGUGAGACCACCACAGUGUACCUCUUUUCUUUUCCCACCCCCCAAAAAAUAAAUCACUUCCAGAUGAGUUCUCAGAUGACCCAUGAAGCAUUUGUAGAAAUAAUUGCCAUCUCUCUGUAAUUUGGCUUUGGUCUCCACAUAACUAUUCUGUUAAGAUUUAAAUUUUUUCCACAAUGCAUAAGAACUAGGUUACAUGAGAUGGUUCUUACCUAGGAUCAGUGGUUCUCAUAGCCGCACAGUCUUCUGUAAAUG